GCUGAACGAGUCUCUAAAGAAAAUUCCCGAAGAUCUCGACACCGAUCUGAACUUAGUGCGAUGGAUCCGCGGUUAUCAAGGAGACAUCGAUAAAAUAUGCACGAAUUUCGUCCAUUACGUAUGCUCACGUAAAGCCGCUGGAUUCCUCGGGCGUGACCUCCCAGAAAGUUUUUUCAAAGCCAAGCAUUG